GUCGGCCACACUUCCCGCUCGUCCGAUCACACUGCCAAGCUCGCCUUCAAAAGUCGCCACGAAACAUGUCUACGCGAGGGAACACCCAUGGGAAGAAGCGCGACGUGGUCGUCGACGAUAGUCAAGAGCAGGGAAGAGGGCGGCGGCAGGCCCCGAAAGCGAAGAGUGUGCGUACGGAAGAUGUGUUGCCAAGGGUUCGUGGUCGUGGAGCGCAAGGUUGGGCGGGGGAAGCGGAAGGGGACUGUGACGAUGAGUUCACGGCGGAGGAGGAGCAGGCGGAGGCGAUAACGUCUGAAAAGGCUCCCGUCAUCGAUCUUGGUGGCGAUGAUGACGAGCCCUUAGAGAGACGCCGCAUUCGCAUUCGUACGACCGCGACCCCACCGCUGGAGGUGGUCGUGCGGGUUGCUACAAACGAUAGGCCAGUCUCGGGCAGGCUGCCCGCCACGCCGUCUCAGCCACGUCAGCGCAACGACGCUGGUGAUGGAGGGUCCGUCCAACGUGUUGGCGGGGGGGAAGUCGUGGCAGGCGCUCGCGCAGUUGGCGCCCAGGUGACAAGUGUCGUGGGGGCGGUUGGUUCAGGCAAUGUGGGCGCCGUAGCGACUGGGAGGGAGGAUGCAGCAGUUGUGGUGACGGCGAGAGAGGAGGCGCGUGGCGAGAGGAAAGUCGAGCGGGAGGCAGGCGAGGCCGGUUCAAGUCGGCCACGAAGGAGUGUCAUUACGGAAGACCUCAUUGGUCGUGCCAUCCUUUGGGUCGAUGACAAAGCUUUCUGGACGACGGGGGAGGGGCGAAGACUAUACAACAUCGUCCACGAAACGAAAGACUACUUCGUCUCCAUCGCCAGUGGACUUCCAGCGCCUGACGUCCCUCGGAGCGUCGUUCUGCCGAAAGCCAUCACGCGCGUGGCCAGGAUCGUCUACCAAUCGCAGCUGCAGCAAGCGAUCUCCCGUGCGGCGGCAGUGGAGAACGUUGCUCUGCGCAUCUUGCAUAGAUGGGUAUUCAAGUCCGGAAAUCGGCCAAGGGGAUACCAUGUGGAUUUCCAGUACUCGCUGGAAUCCUUUGCGACGGACAUUGCGCUUGCCAUAUGGUACGGCGAGGAGUGGUGCGAGGUUGUCAGUCCGGCGAUUUGUGCGCACACGAUAGAUCUGUCCAUGGACCUGCCGCUUUGGUUCGCCGGCGCCAACAUCGAGGACAGAUUAGAGGACGACGACAUGGCGGCGCACCAGGAGUCCACCGUCAUCCGCGUCGCGUAUGCAUUCUAGGCGGCCGUGCAAAUGGGGGCGCUCAUCGACGGCUAGUUCAUCUCGCAC